GGCCCUGCGGCGGAGAGGCCUCCGGGGCGGGGACCGCCGUUGCGCCCCUCUGCGGCCCCGCUCCCCGCCGUGCCUCCCUGAGCACCGAUGCGGGAGGCGGGCCCUGGAGAUGCAGGCCUGGGCGGGGGGCCGGCAGUGCCUCUGCAAGGCCCUGCUCUGUCUGCUGCCCCCACCCCCGCCAUUCUCCCCCAAAGCAUGUAGGCACUCUCCGCUGUCUCUCUCCAGUGCCUGGCAGCACCAUGUCAGGCUCCCUGAGCAAGAGGAGCGACCUGGCCAAUGACAACAGCUGCUGCGUGGGACUGAGCCUGGCCCUGGCGCCCCCUGCCGCCGGUGAGGGGCUGCCCCACAAGGGCCGCUGCGGCUACAGCUGUUCCUCGGAGUUGCAGAGGGUGGUCCUGGUCUUGCCGCCCCCCACCGAGGAGCCGGCCAACACCAAGUGGGUGAAGGAUGGGCAGAACCAGCUGCGGCAGGCAGCGGAGCGGGGCCGGGACCAGAACCGCAACGAGCUGGGCCCCCCCACGAAGGAGCUGAGCGCCCUGCUCAUCCCGCUGCCAGGCGAGGAGGAGGAGGAGGGGGAAGAGGAAGAGGAGGAGGAAGAAGAGGAGGAGGAGGAGGAGGAAGAAGAGGGGGACUCCACGCCAGUCCAGAGCGAGCCUGUCACGGAGUCUGAGCAGAGCUCUGAGCGGGCACUGCCCCGUGGGGAGCAGGGCCGGAGUGCCAGCCUCCUCUUUGGGAUGCGCAGCGGUGCCGCCAGCGACGAGGACUCCAGCUGGGCCACCCUCAGCCAAGGCAGCCCGGCUGGCAGCUCUCCAGACGAAGCAGACUCCUUCUGGCUGUGCAACUCGCUGGAGACGGACUCGGACCUCCCCGCAGGAUGGAUGCGGGUGCAGGACACGUCGGGCACCUAUUACUGGCACAUCCCGACUGGCACCACCCAGUGGGAGCCCCCUUUGGGCAGCGGCAGCAGUGACUCCGCGGGGAACACUCCCUCCAAGGAGGCGCAGCUCACCUGGAUGGAUUUUGGGCACCUUGAACCGUCUGAGGACUCCGACUUCUGGAAGGAGGGCCCCUCGGAAGAGGCAACCCCUGAGCCCCAGCCAGACGGGGGCCAGCCUGCUCUGCUCUUGGGAUCCCGUUCCUCCAGGGAGGAAGAGGAGGCCGAGACCGAGCGGCUGCUCCAGGACAGCCCCCCAGGCGCCAAGUGCUUCUUGGUGCGCUCCCUGGGCUGGGUGGAGAUGUCCGAGGAGGAGCUCAGCCUGGGCAGAAGCAGCCUGGCCGUCAACAACUGCAUCCGGCAGCUGGCCGGCCGGGAGACCGACCCUGGUGGCUCCUGGGCCGAGGGCAAAGCCAUGCUGCUGCUCUUGGAGAACGAGGUGCUGCAGCUGCUGGACCCGGAGGAGCGGACGGUGCUGCACAGGCAGCCCAUUGGCAGCAUCCGCGUCUGGGGCGUCGGCCGGGACAGCGGCAGGGAUUUUGCUUACGUGGCACAUGACCAGCUCGCCCAGAUGCUGAAGUGCCACGUCUUCCGGUGCCACGCGCCAGCCAAGAAUAUUGCCACGGGCCUCCAUGAGAUCUGCUCCAAGAUCAUGACUGAGCGGCGGAACCCACCGGCCCCACUGAAUGGCCUGUUGCUGGAUCAGUCCAAGAUGGUGGAGAUCCCCUUCCAAGUUGAGUUCCCGGCGCCCAAAAGCGAAUCCGUGCAGAAGUUCCAGGUCUUCUAUCUGGGCAGCGUUCCGGUCGCCAAACCUGUGGGCAUGGACGUGAUCAACACGGCCCUGGAGAUGGCGCUGGCGGCCGGCAGCAAAGAGCAGUGGCCCCCCGCCCAGGUCAGCGUGGCCCCCGCCACCCUCACCCUCACCCAUCAGCAGACGGAGGCGGUGCUGUGUGAGUGCCGCGUGCGGUUUCUCUCCUUCAUGGGCAUCGGGAAGGACGUCCGCUCCUUCGCCUUCAUCAUGGCUGCCGCCCCCAGCAACUUCCGCUGCCACAUGGUCUGGUGCGAGCCCAACGCUGCGGGGCUGAGCGAGGCCGUCCAGGCCGCCUGCAUGCUGCGCUACCAGAAGUGCUUGGACGCGCGGCCCCAGACCAGCAGCUCCUGCCUCCCAGCGCCCCCCGCAGACUCCGUGGCUCGCCGCGUGGGCUCCACUGUCCGGAAGGGGGUCCAGACGCUCCUGGGAACCUUCAAGCCCAAGCGCCAGGGGGCUCAGACGCCGUGAGCCCCUGGAGGGGCCCCUGCAGCCCCCCCCCCGGCACGGCUCUGCGGACGAGGCCAGCGGCACCAGCCCCUCCCGGAUCAGGCCGGCAGCUCCCUCCCCCUCCCCGAGUGAAAGCAAGUGUGCAAGGUGUAUAUUUAUGAGGCGUGUGUGUGUGUGUGUGUGUGUGUGUGUGGGCUAGGGAGAAGAGUUAACGCUACCUAUUGGAGCCUGAUGGGGAGGGGCCUUCUCACCCCCCCGCCCUCUCCAGGGGGCCUGGGGCCAUCUUCCCCAGGGCAGCCGUUGCCCGCUGCUGGGCCUGCCCCCCCCCCGCCGGAUUCUGACUUAAAUCUUUGGCUCCCAGCUGAACAAGGUGGAGGGAAGAGACUUGGGGCCGGGGCGGGCUCUAGGCCUCUCCCCAGGCGGGGGCCUCUCGCACUGGCUAGCCCCACCGGACUGAGGCCCUGCUGGGGGGUGGGGGGGGAGGGAGGGAGGAGCUGCCAUCCCUGCUGUAACAAGAGAGGCUCUGUGUUGUCCG